UCAGCCAGCUGCUCGGGGGACAUUCCUGCACUGUCUUCCAGCAACUUCAGCCCACUGACACCAGCGGCGGAUGACACCGUGAACGUGAACCGGUUUUAAGGCAUUUCCUCGGUCAGAGCAGCAGGACCUGAGAGGAGGAUGUGGAGCGUCAUUCCUCCUGCCAGACCCUGCUCAAACUUUUAUCAGUGAACACAGCGCGGAGAGGAGAGGAGAGGUGGGCGCAGGACCCGCCGCAGCCCGUGUAUGUGUGUGUCGGUCGCUGGAGACGAUGGAAGACUUUGACUAGAUCCUCUCUACGGCAAAGAAACACCAUGGCUGUGGACGCGGCAUCCAGUUUCAGUUUCUGCAGGCCAGCUGUGGAGUACAGGGCUCUGCCUGAGGACUUCAAGCACCAGCUGAGUCGACGGACAGGUGGGAAUCUAACCUGGCAUGACGGGCGUGGACAGAAAACGGCAGGAGGCAGGACGGUGAAGCUGCUGCAGCAGCCGGGCACAGAGGCCCUGCAGUACCGCUCCAGUGACAGUUACGGGAUAUAUCACACGAGCCCGACACAGCCCAGCCUGAUCCGACCCGUCGUGCUCUGGUCACAACAGGAUGUUUGUAAAUGGCUGAAGAAACAUUGUCCGCACAACUACCUGACCUACGUGGAGGCGUUCUCCCAUCACGCCAUCACAGGCCGUGCACUGUUGCGUCUGAACGGGGAGAAGCUGGAGAGGAUGGGUUUAGUGCAAGAGACGCUUCGACAGGAGCUGCUGCAACAGGUGCUGCAGCUUCAGGUGCAGGAGGAGGGACGCAACCUGCAGCUGCUCAGCAGGGGUGAGGGUUCCUUUGGAAAUAUAUCAUAGCCACACUGCUGGAAGGAGUGGACACUGUGGAAUCAUGGGAUUUAUGAUCAAAAAACUCAAAUGUGAAUCAGAUCUGUGGAAUAAAUGCAUCCAGCGAGGAACGAUAUCCUGAAUUAUGAUCAUUAAAAUGAAGUCGGCAGCUUUUCAUUCCCCAUCUGCACGCUGAACAGACGUAAUCUUCAUGGACUGACUAUGAACUGUGAUGAAAUAGCACCAUGACAAUCUGUUUUGUCAAUUUAUUCCUCUGUUCUGUGAUAAUAAUUCUUUUUCUUCUCUUACUGCCUCUGCCACUUUCUCCCUCUUAAACUUUUCUAACAUCAGAAAAAUGAAAUAAAUAAACAUAUCAAUGCCUUUA